UUUUCACCAUUCCUCCAGGACUUCCACCAUAAAGAAAGGAGCCCCUGGACCAACAUCCUCUAAGAUGUUUAUAUGGACCAGUGGCCGGACCUCUUCAUCUUACAGACAUGAUGAGAAAAGAAAUAUUUACCAAAAAAUCAGGGACCACGACCUCCUGGAUAAAAGGAAAACUGUCACAGCACUGAAAGCAGGAGAGGACCGGGCCAUCCUCCUGGGACUGGCCAUGAUGGUGUGCUCCAUCAUGAUGUACUUUCUGCUGGGAAUCACGCUCCUGCGCUCGUACAUGCAGAGUGUGUGGACCGAGGAGGCUCAGUGCACCUUGCUGAAUGCAUCCAUCACGGAAACAUUUAACUGCUCCUUCAGCUGUGGUCCAGACUGCUGGAAACUUUCUCAGUACCCCUGCCUCCAGGUGUACGUUAACCUGACUUCUUCCGGCGAAAAGCUCCUUCUCUACCACACGGAAGAGACAAUGAAAAUCAAUCAGAAGUGCUCCUAUAUACCUAAGUGUGGAAAAAAUUUUGAAGAAUCCAUGUCCCUGGUGAAUGUUGUCAUGGAAAACUUCAGGAAGUACCAACACUUCUCCUGCUAUUCUGAUCCAGAAGGAAACCAGAAGAGUGUCAUCCUAACCAAACUCUACAGUUCCAACGUGCUGUUCCAUUCACUCUUUUGGCCAACGUGUAUGAUGGCUGGGGGCGUGGCUAUUGUUGCCAUGGUGAAACUCACACAGUACCUCUCCCUGCUCUGUGAGAGGAUCCAACGGAUCAAUAGAUAAAAACAAAGUGGAUGAGAUCAUUUUCUUUAAAGCUCAAAUACUGUUUUCUUUCAUUCUUCACCAAAGAACCUUAAGUUUGUAAUGUGCAGUCUGUUAUGAGUUCCUUAAUAUAUUCUUAUACGUAGAGCAAUAAUGCAAAAGCUGUUCUAUAUGCAAACAUGAUGUCCUUAUUAUUCAGGAGAAGAAAUAACUGUUUUUGUUGGUUGGGUUUUUUUCAUAAUCUUAGUUCGAUGCUGGAACUAGUACUUCCUUCUCUCCUUCCGCCAAAAUUGGGCUCAGUUAUUCAUUUGCCAAGCUUCAUGGAAGAAUACAGACAAUAUCAAUGUGAUAACGUCUGUACUCAGCGUUGUCAGAUCUCUUGAAGAUAUUUCUGCAAUGUGUUUCAUCAUUCAUCGUUUACUAAAGCUGCAGCCAAAAAUAUUUUUUUUCCUUACUCUAAACUGAGCCCUGUAGCAAGUGAAGGGACCAGAUUUCCUAACUAAAGGACAUUACGCAUUCUCCUUGUAUUUCUACCAUAUCACUGUAAAGAAGGGGGAAAACCCAGCCAGCUAUUUUUCUUUUAUUACUUUAUACUCAUAACUUUAGAUUUUUUAACUGAUUUCCAAAAAAUAAGCUGUUUUCAUUAACCAAUUCUAUAAUCUUUUCCUGUUAUUUAAAUAGGAAAUGAACAGAGCCCUUUUCCUUGUAAGACCCUGCUACUGUGUGAGGAGAUAACAUUUACAAGGAGUUUCAUUACCUGUGAACUGACAAUGUUGAAUACAUGCUCCAUUACAAUCUGGGAAAGUCUAUGUUACUAA